UCUCCUCAUGCUCACCUACAUUGUACACAACAAAUAUAUAUCGUCUCUUCUAUCUAUAAUAGUUCGGCACUUCCUAAGUUGAGUGUUUAGAAAUGGACAGAGUGAAAAUUAUGGUUUCUGAGAGGCCUGUGGUCAUCUUUAGUAAAAGUUCUUGCAUCUUGUCCCACACCGUGAAGUCCCUCUUCAAUGACUUGGGUGGGAACCCUACUAUCUAUGAGCUUGAUGAGAUACCAAGAGGCCAUGAAAUUGAGCAGGCACUAUACGGGCAUGGGUGCAGUGCUCUGCCCAUUGUCUUCAUUGGUGGCGAGCUAGUUGGUGGAACUAGUGAGAUAAUGAGUCUUCAACUCAAGAGGGGUUUGAAACCAAUGCUCGUCAGGGCUGGAGCUUUGUGGGUUUGAAGAUAUUAUUAGAUUAAGAUAUAAGCUAGAUAUGAUUUCAUAUGUCAUAUAGUAUAGUUCUUAUUAUUUAUGUUACAAUUAUUAUGUAUUAUUUUGUUUUCUUAAGUUUCGGCAGUUACUUCAACAAGGCUGCCAUGUAUAUAUAUCUUGUAUAUGUCACAAUAUCAGACUACC